CCUUGGCAGCCAUUUUUAAGUGCUUCAAAGCGGCGAAAGCCGAACGAAUCCAUUAAAAAUGCCUCCGGUAACGAUGAAUUUACCUGCAGAGAAUCAUGGCAAGACGGAAGAGGAGCUUGCUGUGGCUAAACCUGUGAUUGGGAUCAUCUACCCUCCUCCGGAAGUCAGGAACAUUGUAGACAAGACUGCUAGUUUUGUUGCCAGGAAUGGACCCGAGUUUGAGAGCCGUAUUCGUAAAAAUGAGAUGAACAAUGCCAAGUUUAACUUUUUGAACCCCUCUGACCCAUAUCAUGCAUACUAUCAACACAAAGUGCGAGAGUUCAAGGAAGGAAGGGGACAGGAACCAGUGGCACCUAAGCCAGCUCAGGGGGCCCCAUUUUCACAGAAGCCAGCAGAGCAGGCAAAGAUAAUGCAGGAAAUAAUUGUCCCUAAGGAGCCCCCUCCUGAAUUUGAGUUUAUUGCUGACCCACCAUCCAUAUCUGCAUUUGAUUUAGAUGUGGUGAAAUUGACGGCUCAGUUUGUGGCCAGGAAUGGACGGCAGUUUCUGACUAACUUAAUGAAUCGAGAGCAGCGUAAUUAUCAGUUUGAUUUCUUACGACCUCAGCACAGCUUGUUCAACUAUUUCACUAAACUGGUGGAACAAUAUACCAAGAUUCUUAUUCCACCCAAGGACUUGCUGGAUAAAUUACAGAAGGAGUCAUUUGAUUACAAAGAUGUGUUGAAUCAAGUGAAAUACCGAGUGGAAUGGCAGAGGCAUCAAGACAGGGAGAAGAGAAAGGAAGAAGAAGCUAUUGAGAGGGAAAGAGUUGCCUACGCUCAGAUUGAUUGGCAUGACUUUGUCGUUGUGGAGACUGUAGACUUCCAGCCAAAUGAGAGUGGAAAUCUUCCCCCUCCCACAACACCAGGUGAAGUUGGGGCACGGAUGUUGGUACAAGAAAGAAUUCACAGAGGAGAGUUGGAUGCUGAUGAAAUGGAAGUGGAAUCUGAUGAAGAAGAUGAGUCUGAUGAGGAGGAGAGAGUGACAGUUAAAGCCAUGGAGCAAGCCAACACACAGAUACAGGAUAUGGAGGAAGCUUCCGAUGAGGAGGAGGAGAUGCCCAUACACAGAAAGGCACCUCACCCCCCACAACAACCCCCUCCACCACCAGGUCCUCCCCCUCCCACGGAUAAUCUCCCACCCCUCCCUCCCACCCCUGACCAGGUCAUCAUCCGGAAAAACUAUGACCCCAAAGCCCGUGCUGUACAGCCAGAAACUGGUGCGGAGCAGUUCAUGGUGUCACCAAUCACAGGAGAGAAAAUACCAGCCAGUAAGGUCCAGGAGCACAUGAGGAUUGGUUUGUUGGAUCCUGCCUGGAUAAAAGAGAGACAGAAAGUGGUCAAAGAGAAACAGGAGCAGGAGGAGGUGUACGCCCCGGGAACCUCCAUCGAGAUGAGUCUGAAGGGACUCGCUGAGAGACGUACCGAUAUCUUUGGUGUCGGCAUUGAGGAAACUCAGAUUGGUAAAAAGAUUGGAGAGGAGGAAACUAAAGAACCCAAGAAAGUGGUUUGGGAUGGACACACUGCAUCCAUGGAAAAGGUCACUCAAAAAGCUCGAGAAAACAUCUCCAUUGAGGAACAGAUCAAGACUAUCCAUAAAGUCAAAGGUUUCAUGCAAGAUGCAGAGAAAGAAAAGAUUGGACCUAAUAUUCCUAAGAAUCCUCCACCUCCCCCAAAAGUUGCACCACCACCACCCCCGAUAUCUAAGCAGGCUAAGCCACCCCCUCCCCCUCCCCAGUCAGCUACAGCCCAACUCAACCCAGCACCCCUGAUGUCACAGGCUGUACCCCAAAGACCGGGACUAAUGGUAUUGCCUCCAAGACCCCCAAUGCCAAUAGUUCGUAUGCAGCCUCCAAUGCCAGUAGCAUCACAUCAGUUCAUGCCAGGUCCCCCACAACCCCCAGGCUUCCCUCGUCAUAUGAUGCCUGCAGGGGCAGCCCCUCCCCCUGGUAUCCCCCCACCCCCACAGGACGAUGAACCCCCAACAAAGAAACAGAAGACAGAGGAUCAGCUGAUCCCAGAGGAGAUCUUUUUGUCCAGAAACAAGGCUCCUGUCACAUUCAAAGUAUCUGUACCUAAGGUGGAUGAUAAACCAGAAUGGAAUCUUAAAGGACAGACUGUGUCCUUCACCCUGCCUCUUACAGACACAAUAUCUGUAAUGAAAGCCAAGCUGAAUGAAAGCCUUGGAAUUCCAGCUGGUAAACAAAAACUGCAAUAUGAGGGUAUUUUUGUAAAAGAUUCCAAUUCUUUGGCUUACUACAAUGUGGUCCAGGGAGGCACUAUCUCUCUGCAGCUGAAGGAGAGAGGAGGAAGGAAGAAGUAAACAUGAGAGAAAUACACUGUAUGGGGGAAGGAUAGUGUUAGAACUAAUUAUUGUGUUGAUUCUUGCAGCUUUUAGAAUAAUCUGGUACAUUUGUUUUAAAAAAAGUGGAAAGUAUACAUACAGUGUCUGAACAUCUUUUAAAUAAUGUAGAUUUUUUUCCGUAAUAAGUGUUUCAUUGUUCAUGGUUGCCAUAGGUCAUUUUAGAAUGUACACAUACAAAUUGUUUGUAUUCCUGAUGAAGUCGUAGGUUUUGUUUCAGUACAUGGCUAUGGAUUAGAAAUUUUAUAGGUAAUAUAUAUGAAGAGUUUAGGCUAUAAAAAAUUAAUUAAUAGUUUCUCAGGCCAAAAAUUUCAAAAUUCAAUGCGGCAGGCAGGCAGUUUUUUUUUUUUUUUUUUUUUUUUUUUUUUUUUUAAAGCGGGUAUCUUUUUUUUCAUGUCAGUCGUUCAACAAAAUGAUGAUAUUAACUGAUUCUUACUUUUUCUGUUCUCUCAAUGUACUUUUUUUUAAUGUACUCAACUUUAAAUUAAGUUAUUCUAAACACUUCUUUAAAAGUUGAUUCACAAAGGACUGUAUAGACGUCUAUCUGUUCUUGUUAUGAAAAGGGAAAUAACUCAAUUUUCUCUUUCAACUUGGAAAAAUAGAAAAUUAAGUUAUUUCCCUUUUCAGAAUGUCAAUAAAAUUGAUCAAUGCGGCCGUUUUUGACCCGAUGCGGCGGUGCCUGAGAAACUAUCGAUUAAUUUUUUUUGGCAUUAAAUACAUGUAUAUAUUUCUCUUUUCAAAUAAAUGAUAUUGUACAGCAUGUUCAGUUACUAUUAUUGUGUAAUUGUAAUUUGUUGAAAUCUUUUGGUGACAUGAUUCUUAACUAGCAUUGUGUCAUUAUAAUUUGUUAAAUGUUCUGAGUGACAAUUUUUUGUAGUGCUGUAAAUCCAUCCUGUACCCAGUACCUUUGGAUGUUUUUGUCCAUCAUGAUUAAGGAAAAAUCUAGACGUACUCUGUUGUACUAAAUUCUGAUAUUAAAAAAAUUAUUCAAAUGGAUGAAUUCAAUUGGAUUAAUGAGGAUCAAAAUAAAUUUUCAUUUUUUGUAAAUUUGAGUUAUGUAGUCCAGACUUUUUCAUUCAAAAUAAAAUUACCAAAAAAUAU